AAAGCUUCGAGGGGCAGGAAAAAAUCCCUCAGAGUUGGUGCGUGAAGGAGAAAAUUCCUCAGCAGGGUGAAAGUGUGGAGGCGGCAGAAAUUCCGUGCAACUCGCCAUUUUUCCUCCCCAGUGCAAAUGCUAGUCCAUCCCAAAUGUGUCUCAGUCGGUCAAUCAAAAUCCACUUAGAUGGCAAAUUCGAUUGGGCAAAUUGGCGAAUAAUGAUUUAGUUUGAUCGUGUUCACGGGGGCCUCUUUUUUGUGUGCUGUGUGGGCUUUUGAGUGAGAUUUUAUUGGGUUUGACGGACCCAUUCGAGAGGAUCUCCAGAAAAGGAGUGUUUGGUGUGUGCCAGGAGAAAGGAAAAGGGAAUAAAAAUCACAGUGGCCUCAAUUAAAACUGCGAUUUUGUAUCACUGAAAAGUUGUAAAAUCCACGAGGUGGUGAAGAAAAUAUAGCUAAAGGGAAAAAAAAUAGGGAGACUCUUGAGGCCGGAAAAAGGGACAAUUUUCCGUGAAAUAGAGUGCGCGAGUUGUAAGGGGUUUGUGGUGUGGAAGAAAAAUCACCAUCAAGAGCAAUUUUUUAACAUCCCCAUUUUCACGGUUUAUAAUUGGGUGUGUGGAUUGAAAAAAUGCAGCCUCCACCGAGAAAGGGUAACUACACCAAGUUCCUCAAGAAUUUGCAUGCUGAGCAAGUGGCAAAGCUGCAACUCAAAAAUCAGCAUGAAUGCGAUCUCCUGGAGGAUAUUCGUCUCUUCACGAUUAAACGCUCAGCCAUUGAGAAGUCCUAUAGUGAGGCACUGCUCAAGAUAUCAUCGGCUUAUCUCAACAAAAAGAUGCCUAACAUUCCCGACAUUAAGAUGGAAGGAGCAGAUGAGAAAUGGAAUAUGUGGAGCGUCUGGCGUACGGUGCUGGAGGAAAAUGAAAAGCUGGCCAGAGCCCGUUUGGCCGCCAUUGAAGUAUUUCAGCAGCAAAUAGCCGAUGAGGCUAAGAUGCUCCGAGAUUAUAAAUUAGCCAUCAGCAAAAAGUGCGUCAAUCAAUUGGCAAAUAUUCAGAAGGAGUUGCAAAAUUGCGUAGUACGCGUGGAUACGACAAAGAAGCAGUAUUUCGAUGAGGAACACAGUGCCCAUGAUGUUAGGGACAAGGCUAGGGAUAUCGAGGAGAAGUUAAAGAAGAAGAAGGGUUCAUUCUUUCAGUCGAUCACAUCACUACAGAAGAACAGUGCCAGGGUGACUUCGCGAAAGGAACAACUGGAGGAGAGAUCAUCUGGAGCCAGAAAUGACUAUCUACUGAGCCUGGCUUCGGCCAAUGCCCAUCAAAAUCGCUAUUUUACUGUUGAUCUUCAAACGACAAUGACCACAAUGGAGAAUUAUGUCUAUGAACGAAUAGCUGACUAUUUGAUGCUAAUGGGACGCACCGAGUUGCUCACCUGCUCCGCUACGCAGCAUUCCUUCGGAAAGAUCCGGGAUCAGGCUCAGCAGCUGACGCGCGAAUACAAUUUACAGUGCUGCUAUUUAUUCUAUCCCGUACUCAAGCAGCACAUUCAGUAUGAAUUUGAGAAUUGUGAAAAUGAUCCCAUCACUAAGAUUACGGCGGAACAUGAAUCAGCAGCGGCAAAUCUCAGUCGUGAGGCAAAGAUUAUGGCGGGAAGGAUUUUCCGAGAGAACAACAAUAUCAAGGAGUAUGUGAAGAAAUUGGCAAUUUGCCAGGCUCUGCGGGAUGCUGGGCAGCGUGUUGAUCCUCAGGAUCCGCAUGGAGUAGACCUGGAGACGAAAAUGGAGGACUUCCGGGAGUGUGUGCGAAAAGCAGAGACGGAGAAAGCCAAAGCGGAAGCCUGUAUUGAAUGUCUGAGGCAAGGUGGAGUCAAUGUGGAUGAGUGGCUGCAGGAAGCCGAAACUCUCGGGGUCCAGGAAAUUCAUCGCUCAAACAGUUCCCUCUCGAUGAGGACUGAUGCUUCGGGUCAGGGAGAACAGCCGAGCUCAGACAGUUUCUACGAUUCAGACACGGAGGAGCAACAGCCAAAGAUCGCUCAACCAUCGACAUCUCAGGCUGUCGUGACAGCCCGGGAUGUUGAUCCGGAGGAAGAACUUUCUCAGGCAGAGUCAGUGCCAGAUCAUGCCGAUGUUGAUGCUAUGCUGGAACAGGAGAGGCAGAAGAUUGAGCAAUUAACAGCUGGUUGGGAUGAUCCGACUCAAGUAGACUGGGGAGCUGAGGGAGCUGGAAGUGCAGUUCCAGCUCAAACUGGACCAGUUUUCAAAUGCACUGCCCUGUAUUCCUACACAGCCCAGAAUCCUGAUGAACUGACCAUUGUGGAGAAUGAACAGUUGGAGGUGAUUGGGGAGGGUGAUGGUGAUGGUUGGUUGAGGGCCAGGAAUUAUCGAGGAGAAGAGGGCUAUGUACCUCACAACUAUCUGGAUGUUGAGCGCGAUGAAUUGAGUGAUUCGAGUCAACAGCAGGCUCUGGCCACACAAAUCUCCUUCUCUUCAGUGGAUUACACAGUGGAUGCUGAGGAGCAGGAAGCCUAUCAGGAUUCUGCCCAGUCACCAGAUCAAGUAUCUGUGAUCUCAGCUCCGGUCAAAGUCACCAAACCCCAGCCUGAAAUUCAGUAUUGCAUUGCUCUCUAUGACUACGAUGCUACGGCAGAGGAUGAACUGACCUUCGAGGAAGGGCAGAUCAUCAAGAUCACCACAAAGAGUGCCCAUGGAGUGGACGAUGGAUGGUGGGAAGGUGAAUUGGAUGGGAAGCAUGGAAAUUUCCCGGCUCUCCUGGUGGAAGAAUGCGAUGAGACAGGAGAACCCUUGACUGAGGGCGAGGAAGAACCCGAAGAUUCUCCCAUGACACCACCUUCUGUGCCCGAUGCUGUCCGUCAACUUCCAGUUCCCGCACCUCCGCCCACUUUUGAGGCUUUCUCAUCGAAUGAUACCGAACCCGAUCAGGUUCCUCCACCCUCGCAACCACCUCCACAAGCGCCCCAGGCUUUUGAGAUGGAGCUCUCAAAGGCUCAGCAGAAGCAAUAUGGUUCCCAUCAGUUCCAGUCAACUCCACCAGUGUUGGUUCUGGAGCAAGAGGGAGAUACAUCAGAAACGGUGACCAAAGAAGAUGGUGGUGAGGAGUUUGGCCUGAAUGUUGUUCAGAUAUCUGUAACAGCUGCCACUCCAAUGGCAGAACAUCCAGAGAUGGCUUUUCCUCCAGUGAAGGAAGAGGUUGAGGCUGAGGAGGCUGAAGCUGAGGAAUGUGCAAAGGAAUCACCACCGGGUGAGGAUGAAGAUAAGGAUUUGCCUCCUCCACCACCUCAGGAAAUUCAGGAGAAUCCUGAGGAAGUGGAUGAUUUUGGUGAGGAUCUUCCACCACCAGCUGAAAAACCGCCCGAACCUCCUGCAAUUCCAGCUCCUGAAUCUGAUCCUUUUGGCGCUGAUGGGGAAUUUGAGGCAAAUUUCGAGGCUAACUUCUCAGCCAACUUCGAGGAUGCUUUUGCGGGUGAUCCUGAGCCGCCGAAGCAAGUUGUUGGAGGACGUGCCAGCAUACCGGAGGAAUUGGCUCCUCAUCAGCUGGAGAGAUUGCAGAAUCUCAAGGAGAGCAAUGCCUAAAAACUCCUUUUUUUAAUUCAUAAUUGUUUCUUUUUUGUGUUCUCUCACUCAUUUCUCCUGGGAGUCACACGAGGGAGGACGCCCCCGGGGCCUCAUAUAGCAAAUCAUCAAGGGUACAUGUUCAUUUUAUUAUUUCUCGCCAUUUUUGUGCGCAUAUUCGAAAUUGGGGAAGUUUUUAAUUUCCCAGUAAUUGUUACUUGUAGUACAUUUUCUUAGUGGCAAUAUCAGAUGAAAAGGAAAGGACAAGAACUAUAGAUAAAUUGGAAUAGAAAAUAUCUUUUUUUUUAGAUUAAAGAAAAUUGCGAUUAAUUGUAAAAACUGCUAAAAGGACAGAAGUUACAGUGAGGUGCAAAAGUUAGGAGUUGUUUCUGAAGAGAUUGAAUUAUUUUUGUUGCAAAAUCAUAUGAAAUGUUUUUGGAUCAUGCGGGGAUUUUUUGAUGCCUUGUUGUCUAAUGAAUGUAUCUUCCGGAUAGGUUUAUUGUGAAAUUAUCCGGUAUGGAAUUGUAUUGUCGAAUAACAUUGCAUAGAUCAAUUUUCUAUAAAAUAUUUGGAUUUUCUGAACAAUUGCAUAAUAGAUCUUGAAAAAUUUGGUGCCGCUGGAAAGGUCUUAAAAUUCUCUACAAUCUAUGAUCACAUUAUUUUAAAGAAAGUUUAAAAUAACCUACAAUAAAUCGUUGCAUUAUUCCCUAUCUCUGGUUUAAUUUGGCCAUAUCGCCAUUUGCAUUGACCCUUAUUCCGUUUGAACUAAUUUUAUUUUCAGUUUUUAUUUAUUUUAAUAUUAUAUCAAUGGCUCAGAAUAAGACUGAAAUAACUCGCAAAUAGUCAACUUUACAGAAGAGCGAUUUCAAGCAGUGAUUUUACAUGCGGAGUAAAGGGUUUUUAAAAUUGAAAAUCCUUAUAAUUUUGAGAAUUAUUAAAUUUCAGAUGUAAUGUUGUUUACAGGGAAGGUGAAGAAUGUUAAAGAGCACCCAAAAAGCGUAAGAAACGAAUUUAGUAAAAGUUCGAGUCUUAAUCUGAGUUGUCAAUUUGGUUUAUUUAGCGGGAUUAAAUGUUUUUUUGUAAAUUCAGAGUUUGAACUUAUGAAAGAUAAUUCUUUAAAACCCAGUUCUACACCUAAAAUAUUUAGAAAUUAAAAAUAGUAAAGAUUCAACUACGUGAUUCUUUUGAACUUUUACACAUUUUGUCAGUGGCGUUUAUAACAAAAAAAUUGACAUUUUCCAAAAAAAAACAAACAUUUGAAAGAUAAUAAUUCUCGUUCCAAUAUAUCGUACUAAAAAAUAUCAUUAACUACGAAAGAAAAUCAAAAUAUCCGAUUUCUAAAACUUGAAUAGAAAAUUGAUCAUAACUAAGUAUGAACUAAUCAAAAACAUUUUGGAAAAUAUAAAAAAAAAAUAAAAAGCCGUGAAUAAUUUCCAAAAAAAAAAACAUUUUAAAUUGUUCUUUUUUUAAUAAUUAAAAGCCGGUUGUUUUACUGGGAAAAAUUUAAUUGUUCACUUACUGAUAUUUUCCUCUGCUUUUUUUACUGAUCAAAAUUAUCUUAGUAGAAUUUUUAGUGUUCAUUUUGAAUUUAAUGGCUAUGACACAUCUUUUAGAUCAGGAAAAUUCGCAUUCCUUUCUUUUUUAAAAAGUUUGUAUAUUCAAUUCUUUCGGAUUCAAAAUUGAGCUGAAUUAAUUUAAUUUAGUGUGAUGUUCAAAUGAAGAAUAAGAUUACGAAAGUGUAGGAUAGGCAUAUAUGCAGAACUUUUGAAUUUUCUCCUUCUGAAAUUUUACUGAUCUAAUAGGUAUACUGGAAACAUUUGUAUUCAUUUUUAAUUAUUAAUGCUUCCGGCAUAUCUUUUAUAUCAGUAAAAUUCCAUAAAGUUCACAUUUCUUUGUUUCUUAAAAGUAUUGCAUGUCUAUUCAAUUUUUAGACCUUUUCGUCUUUUGAACAUCAUAGCAAAUUAAAUUUAAUUCAGUUCAAUUUUGAAUGCGAAACAGUAGGAUAGACAUAUACAUAACCUUUGAAAAAGAAAGCGAUGUGAAUUUUGACUUUAUGAAAAAUGUUCCUAAUCUAAAAGGUGUGCCAGAGCCAUAAUUACCUAAUUUUAUUUUCGUACUGACCAAAAUUUGCGAUUUUACUGACUAAUCGUUAUUACCAAAAUAGUGCCUAUUCAGCUGCAGCCUUAUUUAAUUUAUGGGAUACUGAUUUGAAAAAGAACUUAGUGACAUUCCCAUAGUAAUCUGUAUACCUUCAGAAGUAAAAGACAUCAAGGAAUCUUAAAAUCCCCGGCUAAAAUUUUGUAAUAUAAAACAAUAUUUUUCAUUUACAUAAUUUCAAUUUUCAAAGCCUUAAUAAAAAUUUAGCUAAUUUGAUAUUUUAAAAAGUUGCUUUAACACAUUUGCAUCUCACUGUUUUGUUUGAGAAAAAUCUCAUACAACGUUCAUUUCAUGCACAAAUUGAGAUGAAAAACUGGAAAAAGUGAAUCUUUUCUCGCUCAUUUUUUGUGCGAGAAAAUUUAUGAUCAAAAAUUAUUCGAGGAAAACAGAAAAGAUGGUUUAAAUCCCUCUAAAGAGGCUUCAUUUUUACAAAAUAUAGAAGAAAAAAAGAAACAACACAUAAAAUGGGAAUAAAGCGAUGGAAAAAUCGCAAAUAAAAUUCAAGGGAAAAAUAGAAUAUUUCAAUGUCGAAAAUUUUUUGUGUUGCGCAAUUUAAAUGGAUGAAUAUUUUUAGCCGAAAAAGGUUCUUGUUAGACGUUUUAUAUCGUCCUCUUUACACCAAGAAUAUUUGUGAGAGCGACAGUUGAAUCCUUCUGGUGGAUUUUGAAUAAUAUUAUAGAAGGGUAUUAAAGAAUUUUUGAAUGGAAUUAUUUAAAAAUGAUAUUCGUUGAUGACAUAAAUAAAACUCAUUGUAGGAAUAAAUUCAAAAUACCUCACAGGAAGGGAACUGCGAAGAGAUAUUUUACACAAGAAGAACCCAAAUUUUCACUUUGAUGAAUCUUUUUUAGAGAAAUAAAUUCGAAAUGUUGCUGUAAUAUCGUCUUAUUCCUCUUAUUUUUUUAAACAAAUUUUUAAUCGUGAAAUCUUUUUGUUGGACUUUAUUUCGAGACAAGAAAAAAAUCGUAGAUAAUAAAGGAAAAAUUAGCAAAGUAUCUUUAAUAGUGAUGAAAAAAUUCUAGACUCAUUGAACUAAGAAAAAAAAAAGAAGAAAUGAUUGAAAUUGAAAAGCAAGAAUGAGGUUGAAGAAAAAAUAUGCAAAAAAAACUUACUCUAUGCGCUUGACAAAAUAUUAUAUUUCUGUCUAAUAAUCUAAUUAUAAUAUGUAUGAUAAAGAAAAAAAAGAAAAUCUCAUGAAAAGAAACAUCCUUAUAAUCACUUUUUUGAGUUAAUGCGGUGCCUUUUAUCAACCACAAUCUAGUAAAUGUUCAAAAUUUACCAAAUCUUCCUUUUAGAGAGCUUCUCGUAAAAUGAUUUAAUUGCGCGAAAAUUUGCAUUAUUUUGGGAUGGUGUGAAAGAGGAUUUAAGAAAAAAAUAGUUCUUUGAGUUCUUCGUGAUUCACAAGUUGAAUAUUUCGCUUGAAAUAGUUUAACUCUCUUCUAUCUAUCUCUCUUUAGUUUCUGUCCUGUUUGGACGGGAAGCAAUUAAACUGCAUGAUGUUCUGUAAAAAGUUAUACAAUAAGAAUUCUGAAAAGAAAUAUAUAUAUAUGACAAAAUACAA